ACCGCACCGAACUUUAUCAUGCAGGGUCCGUUUUGGAAACUUUACCACAUAUUCGGUGAUUUUCUGUGACGUUCAAGACGGAUGUAGAAUACACGAAAUUAACGUUGGCAUUAUGGGAAAACAUUGACAUAAUACGAUGAACACUCGGAGAGCAUGUUUUGCAGUAUUCAUCCUUUGUGGAUUGUGUUCACUCUUGUUGUUUCAGAUUGACAUUAGAAGAAACAACAACAGCAUUCUCAAAACGAAGCCUUUGUCAUUCACACGAGAAAUGAGAGAACAAAAUCAACAACCUUUAAAGGCACAGAACAAGGUGUCCAAGAUUCUGCUGAUGACGUAUAUGAGGAGCGGGUCGUCUUUCGUUGGAGAACUGAUGAAGUUUGGUGGAAACGUUUUCUAUGUGUACGAACCAUUCUGGUCGGUGUACGAGAAAACCUUCCGGACCGAUACGGAAGUCUGCCACCGGAACGGAACUUGUCAAAAGCCGUCCAAAACAUUACAGAAGACAGAUAAAACUACUGACAUUAUCAGUGCCAUAUUUGACUGUCGAAUUUCUGAGCUGCCCGUGGAGGUUCUGAAGAGUUUCACGACCUUUCAUUUCACGAGCGGAUACAGCAGACGAUGUAAAUCAAUCCUAAAGAAAAGACAAACAUGGAAGUCACGCAGGAAAAUAGUGUACGACAACAAAAAGGAUUGGUGUCUUUCUCGAUGGGAGAGAGCCUGCAAAACAGCUACGGCCCGAGUCAUCAAGACCAUUCGUCUGUCUCCGAGACUUUUGAAGAAGACUUCUCGGUUAUCUGAUGUAAAAAUAGUCCAUUUAACUCGUCAUCCUUUGGGCAUUUUGAAUUCUCGCAUGAAUAUCGGAGAAGUAAAUAGCAGCAACUUUCUCUCGUCUGCUCGACAUUUGUGUCAAAUGAUGGGACAAGAUGUUCUUUAUAUAAAGGAUAAAAUUAAAAACGGUAAAGAAGAUACAGUUGUGCCGCUUACUUUUGAGUGCUUGGCUUCGAACCCGACGAAUGUGGUGAAAAAUAUGUUUGCUUCUCUCAAUCUGAAUUAUUCAAGAGAUACGGAAAAUUGGAUAGCAGAACAUACAAAUUACAGCAGACUUAAGACGUUUAACAAUGCUAAAGAAAGAUCGGUUCAAAAUAUAACUCUUGAUCCACAAAAUACUAAACAAACAAACGGCACGUUCCACGUUCGGAAAACAAUGUCCAAGGAGGUAUCCAGUGCUUGGAGAAGCAGUCUUUCCACAGACUUGAUAAAAGAUGGAGAACAAGUCUGUGAAAAUGUUUUGAAAGAAAUCGCAUUCUCGGUUACGAAAGAUGAAAAUUCAGUGUGCUUUUGAUCUCAUUUUCUAAGAUCUGCAGGCUAACCCCCACCCAAAGAUCUGAGUAUUUCUGGCAUUGUAGUAUCAUUUGAUCUACUGACAAUUUUCAAUUUAUUCUAAAUAUCACUUGAUGGACACUGUUCAGUACCAAAACAUACCAGUAUCAUAGCUUUAUAAACUAAAUUCCAACAGUAACUCUUGAUAGCUGGGCAAUUAUCAGUAUCGUAAGACACCUCCUAAUCAGUAACACUUGAUUAGUAUGAUCAUCAUCAGAAUAAAUAUCACUUCGUUGACUGAUAGUUUAAAAUGCAAUUCGAAUUAUGAAAAAAAAAAUAAUAAUGAAAGUCUAGAGUUUGAUGCUUUACAACCUUUUAUUUUGUAGAAACACAUGAUUAGGAGUAGUGAACAAACAAAAAUCAAAAAAGUGCUUGUAAAUAUAUAUACAUAUACAUUAACAACUGGCAUGACAAGAAAAGUAUAUAAAAAAUGUAUAAAUAAACAAAAUGACUUGUCAUAGUGAGGCUAGUAUGACUAUGAUUUAUGACUAUGUCCUAAUAUCACAACAUGCCCAUGGGCUACAUUGCUCACCUAAUAUUUCUAGUGAAUUUUUGCUUCUCUUUUGGAAAUUUCAAUAAACCCUGAACUCAGGAAGGAGGUGGGGUGGGGGUCAGAAAAAUAUGAAAAUCGUUGGUCAAUCUUUUCAACAAUUAAGUAAAUACUUUGUUUCAAAAAGUGUUGCGCCAAGUUAAAUUAAAAUUGGCUAAGUAGUUUGAGAAGAAACCAAAAAAUGUGAAAAGUUUACAAACCAAUGGACAGAGAGAGUCAGACCAAUAGUCUGACACUGAAUAGUUGGUGAUCAGAAAACUUACAUGAGCAUACUGGUAAGGUGAGCUAAAAACAUGAGAAUGGUUUAGUUCACAAAAUGUAAGUGAACUGCGAUAUUCUGAUGAAUAAACACUAAACCCAAGUAAAGGUUUUUAUAUCUUAAUUUGUGUUUUCUCCCUUGAAAAUCUAGAUUUCAAGAAAGAGUUGAAUGAUAAAUACUGUUCAAAUGAAAAUGUAUCACCUUUAAAUUAAUUUUAAAUAUUUUCUUUGUGAUAUAUUAAACUGCUAUGUAUCACAAUUGCCAAAAAAAAACAAAAAA